GGCCUGGAGGAAAAACAGGCAGAGGCAAUGUUCAGGCGUAUGGUGGGGAUGGAAAUCAGGGCGGAUUGGAGGAGGAAAGUGCUGAAAGGCGGACGUAGUUCAGGGCUAGCAUGGUUUGCAGAAACGUGGGCAAGAMCAGGUCGACAGCGUGGAGCUUGGCUAUGGCGCCCAGGUACCAGUGUGGAGCACGGCUAUGGCGCCCAGGUCACCAGUGUGGAGCACGACUAUGGCGCCCAGUUAAGUACCGCUGACGCAGGUCGACAGCGUGGAGCACGGCUAUGGCGCCCAGGUACCAGUGUGGAGCACGGCUAUGGCGCCCAGGUCGCCGGUGUGGAGCACGGCUAUGGCGCCCAGUUAAGUACGGAUGACGCAGGUCGACAGCGUGGAGCACGGCUAUGGCGCCCAGGUACCAGUGUGGAGCACGACUAUGGCGCCCAGGUCGCCAGUGUGGAGCACGGCUAUGGCGCCCAGUUAAGUACCACUGACGCAG